AUGCCUCUGCUGGUGUCCGAUCACUCCUGGACUCAGACGGACUCGACUGUUCAUAUCCACGUUCCUCUGAAGGGAGCGAAAGCUGAGAAGGUGGACAUCGUCUCCACAGACGAAUACAUCAAGGUGCAUUACCCACCGUAUCUGUUUGAAGCCUUCCUGCUGGAACCUGUGGACGAUGACAGGAGCUCAGCGAAGGUGGGAAACGGAGUCGCCAUCCUCAACCUGAUGAAGAGAAACAAGACGGUUUGGAAUCAUCUGACGAUAAACACAGAUGAUAAAGACCUAAAGAAGGAGAUCAGGGAACGAGCUCUGUUGAAAUACCAGGAGAAGCUUUCCUCAGAGUCCACAUCCAAGAAAGUGAAGCAGCAAGCGGAGAAGAAAUAUGCACUGGAGACGAUGAUGAAGCUUGAACAGGAGGCAAGAGCCGGCAUCCAGAAGACGAAGGACGCCGAGCGAGAGAGGACCACCGCAGAGCUGGAGGCGUGGCAGCUGAGACAGAGACGAGAAGCUGAGGAAGAAGAAGAGCUCCGGCGUCAGAGACACGAUCUGAAGGCUCUGAGUGGGAAGCAAGAAACCAGAAGGAACGUUGAAUCAGGUCAAAGUGGGAAAGAAGUGAAGCCUCAGAAGAAACCAGCGGACGUUCCUGCUCCGAGACGCACGGGGAACAUUCAGGUGGCGUUCACCCCUCGAGUGUUUCCUACAGCCCUCAGGGAGUCCAGGGUGGAAGAGGAGGAAGAGUGGCUCAGGAAACAAGCUGAAGGCCGACGUGCGUUAAAUCCAGAUGUUGACGAGCUGCAGGACCUGAAGGAGGAGGACAGGAACCCGGACUUCCUCAAGGACAAGGGAGAUAAGUAUUUUGCGGCCGGGGACUUCCUGAGUGCAGUGAACGUCUACAACCUGGCCAUCCGGCUCAACAGGCAGAUGCCGGCGCUGUUUUCAAACCGAGCCGCGUGUCAUCUGAAGCUCAGGAAUCUGCACAAGGCCCUCGAGGAUUCCUCCAAGGCUCUGGAUCUGUUGACUCCACCGGUCGCUGCCAACGCUGCUGCCAGGACCCGAGCCCACGUGCGCCGGGGCUCAGCCUUCUGUCAGCUAGAGCUCUACGCCGAAGGACUUCAGGACUACCAGGCUGCUCUGAAGAUCGACCCUCACAACCAGGCGCUGCAGGACGACACACAGAGAAUACGAGACGUCGUUCAGGGAACUGAGACGCUGUCAGAUACAGAUUAA